AUGUCUUUGUCUCCCGGUGAAAUCACCCAGACCUGCGGUCUCGUCAAGAUCCCUCCGGAGAUUCUCGACAGAAUAACAAGGCAUCUCACCACGACCGAGUACUGCAAGCUCCGCCUGACGAGCAAGGCCGUCGAACAUGCUCUCUUCUCCAAGUUCGCGUCCGAGUUCUUCACGCGGAAGCAGUUCAUGGUCUCGGAGUUCAGCCUCAAGGCCCUCAGGGACAUCUCCAAGAGCCGUCUCGCGGGAUGCUUGCGCCAAGUACACUUGGGUCUCGAUGAGGUCGAGCCGAUGGCCAUGUAUGCGUCAAGGGGGGUGGCGGCAAUGAAGUCCCUCCGCUUGCUCCAGCUGCGCUUGGCCGAGCAGGAGACGCUCUGGACGCUGGGGCUGGUCCCAAAGUAUCUCGCCGAGGCCUUUUCCCGCCUCCCCAACCUCGAGACUUGCGUGGUUCGCGACUUCAACUCCGACAGAAGAUCUCGAGAUGGCCGCUACCGCCACUGGCUGAGCUACGGCACCAACACCAUGCACAUGGAAACCGGGAUGCGCCCCAGACCUCGCCACGGGCCCGGCUGGAAAGACAUCGGGCUCUCGGAGAAUGCCACUCGCAUGUUCAAGGCCGUUGUCCAUGCGCUAGCCAUGGCACAAGCAAGGCCAACAGCCAUUGAAAUGAUGGAGAGGCGCGGGCAUUUUCUAUUCGACUCUGCGUUCUACAUCCAUCCUGAUUUCGAAGCCGCCGUCGCUCCUGUUCUCGGACGGCUCAAGAGGCUGCACAUUUGCCUUGACAUGGCUUGGGACCCCUUUUCCACGACAAGUCAAACGUCAGAAGCCUGGCACCAUGUCAACGCGGCCAAGUUCUUGAGAUUAUGCGAGAACCUGGAGGAGCUGCGCAUCAACGGAAAGCGCGACUACAUUGCCAACGGCGGCCGUAACGCUCUGCAUCACCUGUUUGACUGGCUCGCGACGAAGCCUCAGACAGAGGCCUUAUCGCCACCGGUGGCAGACGGAGAAGAAGAAGAAGAAGAAGAAGAAGAAAACAGCGCGCUUGUUCCUCCUUACGCAGAGCUCGCGCGAUUGAAAACCCUCAGCCUGGGAAUGACGGCCACUACCGUUGAGGAUCUUGUGCGUGUGGUUGCCAGGUUUGCCGACACGCUCGAGAAUCUCGAAUUGUGGAGGGUCCAUCUCUCGUUUGAGGACAAGGCCAACGACGAAGCCCUGGCGGAAACCGGGCCUACCUUGUACACUGUGCUCCUGCGGAAGAUGCUGGAGAUGCCCAACCUCAACCUGCGGCACAUUAAGCUGGGCAACCUCCAUCAGACCCUGCGCCCCAUUGGCAAAGAGGCAGUCGCGGGGGCCGUUGAUUUCAAGCCCGAAGCCAGCACGCGCGACAGGGCGGUGAUGAAGGGCGAAGUGAGCACGACUACCGUGUUGGAAUAUACGGGCUCGGACUGGAGGCAUUUUGUGUCCCACGAAAUGAUUCCUAGAUUGUACACGCCUCGGGCCAUACUACUAAAGCAGGAAUCAGACAUGGAUGUGGAUGAGGAUGAAAACGAGAGCGAUGGCGACGCCCACAACUAUUGGUCCAGUUUGAUUUAG